UGACCUCUACGAUACAGUACCAUGCAGCGUUGGUUAUUUGAAAGCAUCUGUAACUGCUCUUGGACGUUCAGUCAGUUUGAAAUUCGUGAACCGCUAGGAUCAUAAGAACUGUUAUAUAGCGGGAAACUUAUUCGUCUCCUGGCGAUUCGCGAAUUCGAUUGGGAGAAAGAAAAGAAAGAAGACGUGGUUGGCUGUUUAUUCAACUUGAGUCUCUCUUGACAGUUGGAGUUACUUGCAAUGUCAUUGGUCGUUAGAAGUUUUGCACUUUGCCUUCUUUUAUACUCAGUUUUAGACAUAGGUCGGUGCACACAUACAUUGAAGCAAGUGCAAGUGCUUUUCAGACAUGGAGAAAGAGCACCGUUGAAAAAGGAAAUGUAUCCCAAUGAUCCUCAUUCGGUAUCGGAUUAUCUUCCUUGGGAUCUUGGACAACUUACCAACAUUGGAAAACUAAGAGAGUUUCGUAUUGGCGAGAUGCUAAGAGCGCGUUAUAACGAUUUUCUUGGGGAUUAUUAUUAUCCUAAGGAUAUUUACGGACGUAGCUCAGAUUCCGACCGUACUAAGAUGUCCUUGCAAUUAGUACUGUCUAGUUUGUAUCCUGCGAAAAACUUUCAGAACUGGAACCCAAAUCUCCCAUGGCUGCCUAUACCCACCCAUUAUGCUCCCGAGAAUUUGGAUAUACUUAUGAGGCCACAUUUAUGUACUCAAUUUACACAACAUCUUGGUGAAAUUAAACGAAAUCCAACAGUUAUUUCUCUGAUUGCUCAGUACAGUGAACUUUUCGAAUUCCUCUCAACGACUACUGGAUUCAACAUUACGACUACUACUCAAGUCUAUGAGAUAUAUAAUUUGUUAGUGGCUCAAAAAAGUAUGAAUCUCACACUACCCCAGUGGUGCACGGAGAAAAUAUUUGAGGAUAUGGGAAACGUCACUGUGCUUGAGUAUAAAAUUUUGUCGUUUGACAAACAUUUAAAAAGAUUAAAUGGCGGCACUUUGGUUCGACGCUUCGUCGAUAAUAUGAAUGUUACAGGAAAGCGUAGUGGUCACAGAAAAUUGUAUCUCUACAGUGGCCACGAGGUAAAUAUUGCGGCCUUUCUUAGAGCACACGAUAUAACAAAGCCUGCAUUGCCUGUAUACGGUACGGCUGUUAUUUUUGAAAAAUUAGAAAACGCCACGGGUGACGUAUUCGUUAAGAUGUUCGUUUGGACCGGUAUUACAGAGGAGAUUAUUCCUUUGAAAAUUGGUGACUGUGAUUAUUUAUGUCCCAUAGACACAUAUCUGAAUAUCGUAAAGGACGUUUUACCGUCGGACAAAGAAUUGAAUUGUCACCUGGACAAACUUAGUCAUGAAGACUUAGCACAUCUCUACGACGAGAAAAUUAGUUUUAAUUAGGUCAAUUAGGUUGUUGAUUAUAAAACAAUAAGAGUUAUUUAUUUUAAUAAUUGACUCAGCUACGACAAGCGCGGUUAUAUGAUUCUAUCGUUUAUUUCGACUGUUGCUACAUUAUAUCUUUUUAAAUUACCUCGUACUUGUGUUUUCCAAUGCAAUUUAUCAAUUUCCAAUAAAUGUUCAAUACUCUCACA